CCCCCCCGCCAUGGGUCGGAAGCGCUGCGUGGGGGGAGACGGCUCCAAGAUGGCGGCGGGCUGCUGCGGGGUGAAGAAGCAGAAGCUCUCCAGCUCCCCCCCGUCGGGCUCGGCCGGCCCGGGCGGCGGCGGCGGGGGGGGCGCCCGCUGCGGCGAGCCGGGGGCGCUGCCGGCGGCGGGGGGCGGCCCGCGCCUCAACGGCCUCGGGGGGCUGGCGGGGGGCUCCCCCGGCUGCGCCCUCUCGCCGCCGCCGCGCCCGCCCGGCUGCGGAGGGGCCCCCGGCGCCGGCCUCCCCGGCCCCGCCGCGCUGCUGGGCUCCCCCGGCGCCGGGCCCGGCGGCUGCAGGAAGAUGGUGGUGUCGGCCGAGAUGUGCUGCUUCUGCUUCGACGUGCUCUACUGUCACCUCUACGGCUACCAGCCCCCGCGCAGCCCCCGCUUCACCAACGACCCCUACCCGCUCUUCGUAACGUGGAAGAUUGGCCGAGACAAAAGGUUGCGUGGAUGUAUAGGUACCUUUUCUGCCAUGAACCUGCAUUCAGGACUCAGGGAGUACACACUUACUAGUGCCCUUAAAGAUAGCAGAUUUCCCCCAAUGACGAGGGAUGAACUGCCACGGCUUUUCUGCUCAGUGUCUCUGCUUACUAAUUUUGAAGAUGUCUGUGAUUAUUUGGAUUGGGAGGUGGGUGUACAUGGCAUUAGAAUAGAAUUCAUCAAUGAAAAAGGAUCAAAACGCACCGCCACCUACUUGCCGGAGGUUGCAAAGGAGCAAGGAUGGGACCAUAUCCAGACCAUAGAUUCCUUAUUGAGGAAAGGAGGUUACAAAGCUCCAAUUACAAAUGAUUUCAGGAAAACAAUAAAACUGACCAGGUAUCGUAGUGAGAAGAUGACCGUGAGUUACACAGAAUACCUUGCCCACCGUCAGCACCAUCACUUCCAGAAUGGCAUCGGGCACUCCCUUCCACCAUACAACCAUUAUUCCUGACACCGAGCCGUAUGACCAGUCUCUGGACUUUUCUGCAAACCUCUUCCCAGGAGAACCAGCCCCUUCCUGGUCUAGCUAUCUCUAUUACUGUACCAUUUUAUGAUGAUAGUUUCCGUUGCCAUGAUGACGCUUCUCCGUGGCAGGUUAAGUUCACCAUGGCAACGGGUGGAAAUGCUGCAUCGUUACAAAGAACCCCUUCACUUUCUCCUCUCUCUCUCUCUCUCUCUCUUUUUUUAAAUGAGUCACUGUGGGCUUUUUGGAUUUUCUUGUUUUUUUUUUUGUUUUGUUAUGACAGCAUAAAAAAAAACUUGAGAUUUUUUUAAUGGAACAUUUUAAAGUUCGACUUCAUUAUCACUGAAUUGUAUCAAUCACAUUUGUCUGUGAAACUGUGGAUGGAAGGAAAGAACUUAAUGGGUCAGUUUGGGAGAUAAAGGAGCAAAGCACAAUAGCCUGCUCUUGAAAUCAUAAAAUAUUGGAUCCAGAUCAGAAGCAGGACUAAGCAUAGGCUUGAGCAGGAUUAGAUAUCAGUUUCUCAGCAUUCCCAGAAAUAAAAAUUGUUAGAGACUACGUAAGCCUCCGGUUCCUGUUCUGUUAGGCCCACACGAAUGGCAGUGAUAAGCUGAAUUGAUGAAUUAUGAUGGAAACUAAUUGUGCUUUUGGUUUAGAUGUAAUCAUAGGAAGAGUUUUAUUACCCACCCAGGUUGGGAUUCUGGUUCGAGUCCCUUCAACUAAAUAUUGCCCAUUCAAAUCACUGGAACUAAAAACUUACUGAUGAUGGUCUGUCUCUCCUCCACCCUCUACCCCCAGUUCCCAAAUCAGGCUUCAGGUGGAUGGCGUGAUCUGCCAAGCUCUGUCGUGCGUCAGCAAGUUGACGAGCAGCGCAAAAUUCACCGCAGGCAUCUUGUAACUUCUCAGAUGUUGGUUGCUGUUGUAGCCAGGAUGACUAGCUUGAAGAAACCGUUGUGUUAGGAAGUCAGCAGGUAUUAGUGCCUUAGGUGACACCUGUUUUUGGAAGAAAAGCAAGGCAGGAGAAGCACAAGAGAAGACACCUAUUCCAAAUUCUAAACUUCCCAGAGAGGUGUGAAGUGUUCUUUUGAGAGCAGAAUUCAGCUUUUGUUGCCUGCCCUACAAGGCUUGCCCCUAAAAAUUCAAUAGCAAACUAGCAAUUCUCGAUGACACAAUUUUGGGUGGUUUUAUUGAUGAAGUGAAGACCCAAGUAGCUAUGUUGAAGCCUCCGCAAGGUCAAAAACGAAAAGAAGCCCACUAUUUUAAAAAAAAUCCUAAAGUUUAUUAAUUUUAAAUUAAAAAUCCAGCAGCGGUUACUUUUUUAUGAAGCUGUAGUGGCAGCGCAAGAAGUAUUUUUGGAUAGCAGGUAUAGGAGACCGUACUGAGUAGCACCAUCGGUAUCGUUACCGUCUCUGGGGCUUUGUCCUGGGUGGAAGUAGCAGAAACAGCUACUCCUGGCCGGCCUCGGAUUUCACACCGUUCUCGUUUCAGGUGCUUUCUGAACUCUUACAAACUUCUAUGACACCGAAAUAGAUCUCUGAUCUUUGAGGUAGAUCGGAGGUCCUUCCCUGAAUUAGAAGAACAUCAUCUUGGAUGAGGCAGAUAAUGUUUUGGCAGAAGUCCCACCCUGUUUCAUCCGGUAAGGGCGUGAUCUUCAUAAAUACAGACUUUCCACAAUAACAGACAGCGAGGCGUAUUACAGGCCCUGGAACAUCAUUCAAAGAAUUGGCUCUGGUCCUACAUGCAGAGGCAGGGAGAGAGCCAUUUCACCACUGUCCUUCCUUCGAUCCACAGUAUUUAACAUCCAAAUCUUAACUUUCUGUUUCGAUGCCUUAAUUUUCAAGUAAGCAAAAAGUCCUGAAAAAAAGAAAAAUGGGCAACAGAUGAGGAAAGUUCUGUGGUGUCUUUCCUAUCUGGAGAAUGGGAAAGGGGGUUCAUUUUCAUGUGAAAAGUAUUGUCUGUUGCUGUCUAAUGCAACUUUCCCUGUUUUGCCCUUGAAAGGGAAACUUGAGCACAAGUUAAAAUACACACAAAAAAUGUCUCUGCUGCAAGCGUUUGGAGUAUCUACCAUGGCCACCCAACAGCCCCCACCCCACCCCCAGCAAUCUUUCUCAUUACCGUUCGUGCUUCUGGGUGAGCUCAAUGUUAAAAGUUUUUUUAAAAGAUCUAUUUUAUUUAUAUAUAUAUAUAUAUAUAUAUAUAUAUAUAUAUAUAUAUAUAUAUAUAAAGAAUAUAUAUGUGUAUUUAAAGGUGCUAAUCAUCUUGAGCAGGUCACGUGACUGGUCAUGCGGACUCUUAAAAUCAUAUCAGAUUUUUUUAGAAAAAAAGAAAAAUCCUCAAUAUAUGCAGAUGUUAUACAGAAUUUCUUACCAGUGUAAUAAUGAUAUACUGAUUUAAAUGAAAUAUCCUGCAGGGUUUGAAGGAAGAGGUCAGCAAUACUUCCCACCAUGGCUUGGGGGAGGAAAAAAAAAAAAGGAUCAUCUUGUCAGCAUAAUGCACAAAAUAUAUGUAUUUUUUUUUGUUUUGUUUUCUGUUUUGGGUCUCUCAGUAGCUAUUGCUUUUGGGAAUUUAAUGAAAGACAACAGCUGUAGUUCAAAGGGUUGAACAAACUGGAAAGGUGUGCUUUAAAAAAAACAAAACCAAAAAAACCUCCAGACCCUUUUGAGGCUGUUGUGACUAUGUUUGUUCCGAGACCCGUUCCUGCAAUCUUGCAAGGCUGGCGAGACGCAUCAGCGAUAAUGUCGUACAUAUCGGUGAUCCGGUCGCUUCAGUGACGCGCGUUUCUCCCGGGGUGCCUCUCGGAGCAGGGGAGCGCCUGCGCUGCCAAGGUGACUCCGUUUCUUGCGGAAUCCCAUGAGCCGCCCUGCACGUCGCAGGUGUUCACCCAGACUCGAGGCCCAAAGUACGAGGACCUCCUCCUCGGUCUGCGAAGCCGCGUCCGUGUGAAAUCCGAGACAGAGUCCCCUGUUUUUGCUCACUGAGCGACAGGCCAGCGUUGUCCGGGCAGUGGUUGUGGUCUUCUUGCCUUAUUUCAUUCCAAAAACAAACAAACAAAAAAAAGGUUUAGUUUAGCUUUAAAUGUUUUAUUUCUUACACCCGUGUGGUUAAGGGCAGUUGGAGAACGAAUGUCUGGCUGGAGCUAGAAGAGAGGACGUUGCAGGACCACCGUCCCAUCCAGGGGAGAUUUGGGUGGUGUGGCGUGUGGCGUCACACCACCUUUGCUCGUGGGUUGGGCAUGGCCCGUGGUGAGAGAGGAGGCGCGUUGUGCUGACGUGCUGUCGGCUGGGAGCGGCUGGCCCACCACACACCCCCUUCACGUUGAUCAUCUCAGCCUCUCUGACGUGUCCUCAACUGUGCGGGUUCUUGAAACUGUCUGGUGACAUUCUUGUGUGUUGGAGCGAACCAAAGACACCUCCAGUCGAGCCUCAAUGCUGCUGCUUAAUGCCUGCCUUCCGAUCCUUCCAAGUCUCUGCAGGAUGCAAAUGGGUUAACUUUUUUAUUUUUUUGUACAGUUUCUAACUGAUUUUUGCUAGUGAUGUUAAUUAAGUUUGAGGAACUUCUGCAGCUCCUCCAUUGAAUAAACUGGUGACUUUUAUGUUUAAAUAAAAUAAUAUAGAAACCCGAAAUGUGCCUCUCAAAUUCUAAGGGUUUCUGGUUACACUUCUUAAGACCAGCAAUGAUUCUUUAUAUACAAAGAUAUGUUUUCCUUGUUUUUUUAUUACUGUUUCAGAAGGAAAGAAAUACUUCCUUCUGCUCUGAAGCCAGUUGCCACACUGGUACAUAAAUGCACUGAGAAAAAAAAAAAAAACUUUUGUAACAACUUAUGACUGUUUUUGUAUAUCAAAGCUGAUUCUUUCCAAAAGAUUUGGAUCUAGUUUCUAAGUUAUUUUAGUGUUUUAUAUGUUACAAGAAUUAAUUGUUCACCAGCAUAAUAAUUAGUUACCUUCAAUGGAAAAAGUGACAUAGAUGGGGAGAAGACCUACCUGGAGUAGCUCGAAAGCCCCCCCUUUUUUUCCUUUGACUAUUGAUUACAAUAUUAUCACAGAUUACCACAAACCUCCUUCCAUUAAAACUAGAUUCUUCUUAUUUCCAUGUUUAUUUGCUAUUAGUGUGAAGAAACUGUUGAUUAAAACGGGCAUUUUAUAAGUAUGGCUUAAAGGUAAAAAUGAGGAAAAAGCAAAAAAAAAAAACUCUAGAAGGUAACUUGUGGGUCUGUGAGAUAUGGCUGUGGAAAGAUAUUGUAGUAGUUUUAACACUAUUGUUAUUACCUUUUAAAUCAUUUACCCAAUAAAAUAAGGAAAAAUCA